AUCAAUAUCUGCAUCCUGGUUAACCUUGUACGGCUCCUGAUGACCAAACUGAGGCAGAUUCCGGAUGCUCCCCAAAGCAGGAAAGCAGCCAAAGCCACCUUGAUUCUAGUCCCUCUGUUCGGACUUCAGUUUCUGACGUUCCCGGUGAGACCCGACGAAGGUUCUCCCCUCCAUGACGUAUACCUCCACUUUAUGGCACUACUCAUGUCACUGCAGGGAACCCUUGUAGCUAUAAUAUUUUGCUUCUGUAACGGUGAGGUAAAGUCUCUGCUUCGCCGAAAGUGGCAACAGCACAUGUUGAUGACCGGUGGCCCCCGCAAGAACACGGCGAUUACGUCAUCCACUCUGGUGGACGGCUACUCUGUAGUGGACACUGCCAGGGAUGGGAACUCUCUCCGGGUCAAGGUCCCGCUCGACUCCCUCAAUAGAACUGACACGUUGGAAAUGCGGGGCAGCCCCAAAUGUUCGACACCGCUCGUGGAGAAAAGUCAAGCCAACACCGAGUCCGUGUACGACGAGACAACCCUGGGUCACCACUGAGGUCCUAUAGGUUGUACAUCAUGAUUGUGGAGACUUGUCUCACACAAGCAACAAGCUGUCUCACACGACAUAAUGUAUCGUCGAAUAGCUGUUCAGUUGUUCUAAGCCUAGAAAACAACAUUUUUCAGGAGGGAGAGAAAAAACAGGCUUUCAUUAUUUUAGCGAUUAGGUUUCUCUUGUAUGUGCAUUAUGUACUCUUUGCAAUUUUUUCCCCUUUGAUUGUUUGUUUAUUUGUUUUAAA